AUGGCUUCUGCUCCCUCUCAUCGCACCGAGCUCGCCAAGCUCUGUAGCUCCAAGGACUGGUCCAAGGCAAUUCGAAUCCUCGAUUCACUCGUUUCUCAGUCUGCUGCUGUUCAAGACAUCUGUAACCGAGCCUUCUGUUAUAGCCAAUUGGAACUGCAUAAGCAUGUGAUUAAGGAUUGCGAUAGAGCGAUUCAGCUUAACUCCUUGCAUCUUCAAGCUUACAUUCUGAAAGGUCAUGCGCUUUUUGCUUUGGGAAGGAAAGCAGAUGCUUUAAUGGUAUGGGAGCAAGGCUUUGAACUUGCUCAGCAUCAAUCUGCAGAUUUGAAGAAGUUGUUAGAACUUGAAGAGCUUUUGGUGAAAGAAAAACAAGUAUUUACUAAUAGCGGUGAAUCAAGUGACUCAAACGAUGCUCCUGAAAUUCUUAAAAAGCCCAGUUUUAAGUUUACUUUCCCCAGUGAAAAAAGUAGCGAAGCAAGGAAAAAUAAAAAGUUCUCUGUUGCUCGGAUUUCAAAGACAAAGUCUAUAAGUGUAGAUUUUCGGCUUUCACGGGGAAUAGCAGAGGUUAACGAAGGGAAAUAUGCUCAUGCUAUAUCCAUUUUUGACCAGGUACAGUGUUGUCUUCCACAAAAAGGAGCAAUGGGAGAGAUUCAUCAAAUGAUUUUGAAAAAGAUACGAAUUAUGCGUUUGAUCGAGUUGAAGAAUUUGUCAAUGUAA